AUGCCCGAAAGGCGUUCUCUACGAUCAAACAACAAAUCUGACGCCUCUUCAUCUGCUAACGGUGAAAAGGCACGUUCGAACUCUGGGAAUUCGAGUGCCAAGGACAAGGCCGCUCCUACAACUCGCGCAGCUGCUAACAAGGCCAAAUCGGCUCCGGCCAAGAAAGGCGCCGCCAAGGGCGCCAACAACGGUAUGGAGGAGGAUGACCAGUCGCACACCAACGGCUCCAAAUCAACUGAGAAUGGUGUGAAUGGUGCUGAGGAUGUGGAGAUGGGCGAGGAUACGGCAGGUGCGCCUACAUCCUCAUUCAACUCCCGUAAGGAUCGGCAUGGUGACGAGAAGAUGACUGUUGUAGUGCCCCCAACCAAGGGUUCGAAGACAUCUAAGACAGGUCAGGACAAGGACGAAGAUGUGACGAUGGAAGGUGCCGAGGACGAGGACGCCGAGCAGACCGAGCCCGAGGACCCAGCGGUUAAGGCUAUUCAAGAUAUCAAGACCAAUUUCACCCUGCUUGAUCGCGCCGUAACCCAUUUCGAUCCCCGAUUUACCCUUCGUGUGCUACGGUCCAUAUCGUCGAUGCGGAAACAUAUCACCCCAGAGGUCCUCUCAUGUGUCAUUGUUGACACAUACCCAGCUUCUAGCCCAACAGCUUCAUUCCUUCUCGAGGCUAUCGGCGAAUCUGGUGCCUUCGAGGGCCCACUGGCCAGCUCAAAGAUGGAUGUGGAUUCGGAGAAGUCAAAGACCAGCUCCAAGGAGGUCCUCGCUGAGGUGGAUGUAUAUCUGUCUAUCUUGGUGCAGAUCUAUCUCUUUGACCAGCGGUUGAUCCAGAAGGGUGCUGAAUUCUCGACUAACCUCAUCGAGCGUCUCCGCAGCCUGAACCGUCGGACCCUGGAUUCUCUUGCUGCUCGCGUGUACUUCUACUACUCCAUUUUCUAUGAGCAGAUUGCUCCCCUUCCCCCAUCUCCCGCUGCUACCGUGACCGCCAUCCGCCAACCAUUGUUGGCGGCCUUGCGCACUGCUGUGCUCCGGAAGGAUGUAGACACGCAGGCCACCGUCAUGACUCUGCUUCUCCGCAACUACCUUUCCACCUCUCACAUUACUCAGGCCGAUCUUUUGAUCUCCCACAACAAGUUCCCUGCCGCUGCUUCCAACAACCAGAUUGCUCGGUACCUCUUCUACCUUGGCCGUAUUCGUGCCAUCCAGCUGCAGUAUACCGAGGCCCACAGCCAUCUUAUUGGCGCCACCCGCAAAUCCCCUACUAGCCAGUGCGCUCGUGGGUUCUACCAAGCUUCUCAUAAGCUGCUCGUUGUAGUGGAACUUCUGAUGGGUGACAUUCCAGACCGUGCAGUCUUCCGCCAGCCAGCCUUGGAGCGUGCUAUGCAUCCUUACUUCCUCCUAGCGCAGGCUGUCAGCGUUGGAGAUCUGGAUGGGUUCCUCAGCAUUGUCAAUACCCACAGCUCUACUUUCCGCAAGGAUGGUACCUACACCUUGAUCCUUCGCUUGCGACAAAAUGUGAUCAAGACCGGCAUCCGUAUGAUGUCGUUGUCCUACUCUCGUAUCUCCUUGCGGGACAUUUGUCUCCGCCUUGGUCUUGACAGUGAGGAAUCGGCAGAGUACAUUGUGGCCAAGGCAAUUCGAGAUGGUGUGAUCGAGGCUACAUUGGAUCACGAGCACGGUUUCAUGAAGAGUAAAGAGGUUGGCGACAUCUACGCUACCCGAGAGCCUGGUGAAGCUUUCCAUGAGCGUAUCCGUGCCUGUCUGGCUCUCCAUGAUGAGAGUGUUAAGGCAAUGCGGUUCCCCAUGAACCAACACCGCCUGGAACUCAAGAGUGCCCAGGAAGCGCGGGAGCGAGAGCGCGAGCUGGCCAAAGAGAUCCAGGAGGGAGAUAUCGAUGAUGAGGAUGCCGGCGGUGAUUUUGAUGCCAUCUAA